AUGCCAGACUCAGUGCAGCUCAAGGCAAAGGACGAGCUCGACACUCUCGCAGAUCGAAAUGUUGACUCGACCGACUCAGACGUACGGUACAUGGCCUACGGUGCCCGUCUAAGAACUGCUCUGCGUGCCGGUCAUCGGUACAUUGCUUAUACAAGUGACGUCGGCGAAGCAUUUCGCCCCGUUGUCCCACCUGCAGUGGUUUCUGCCGCAUACGGCAUCUCCUGGCUAUACCUGGCAGGAGAUGUCGGGUAUGAGGCGUAUAAGGCGCAUCGGAGAGGACCAACUCCUUUGGAAGCUACUCAUUUUUCCGAGCCUACUCGAAUUGGGAUGAUCGCUGUCAAGCGUGCUGUAUUCCAGUCUAUAGCAUCCAUGGCUCUCCCUGCGUUUACAAUUCACACAGCUGUCAAGCAAGCGAAGAAGGCGUUCGUGAACGCUGCUAACCCACGCAUCAAGACGUGGGGCCCAACGGCCACAGGGAUUGCCAUCGUACCAAUCCUUCCAUACUUGUUUGAUAAACCCGUGGAACAUGUCACUGACGCGGCAUUUGAUUGGAUAGAAGGGCAACUUAUAGACCAGGAGGCCAACAAGUGUUAA